CUCAGCGCUUACUUCGUUAUUGUUCGUCGUUCGGUGCGCCGUUAAAGUUCUAUUGCUUCUGUCUGGUGAAUGCGCGCGCAUGCUAAAAACAGUUAACAGUUAGUAGUUGCUAUUAAAUAUGUACGCGUUGAUGCUCAAGCGCGGUCGUAACGCACUUGCUUAGAGAGAAGCUAAGCUUGUAUUGGACUGAAUUUGGAUCGCGCGUGUGAUUCGCCGUCGUUAUUUCGCGUUAUUUACGCUUGAUUGCGCCGCUUAAGGCGCUUAAGCCGCGCGCCCGUCGGUAGAAGUUUACUGGCAAGCAACUCACGCAAGCGCGUACAUUUUGCGGGAUUAGCGCCCGGUAUGAGUGUUUGUGUCUGUGUGUAAAGAGUGCAAGGCAAAUAAAUAAAAACGAAUUCAGAUAGAAAGCCAUGCAAACAAAUAAAAAGUGUAAUAGCAAACAAACAAAAAUACAAAAAACUACAAAAAUAAAUAAAGAACUAAAGAAAAUUAGAAGAAGCAGUAACAACAACAACAAAAACAAGCGCAAUAAGAAAAGUGGCAGUAUUUUUACAUGUGGUUGGCUUAAAACUUCUGCCUUUAGUGCCUUCUCCACUCACAUCGUACUCGUACAUUACCCGUCAAUAUGCUGGUAACUGCUUUCCUUCGUCUACAUCAACUGCUAUAGCCGCUUCUUCGGCUCCACACACUAACCUUUUUGUUGUGUGUCUGCAGCUCCGUUUUGUUUUGUUCGUGUGCAUGCAGUAUGCAUGUGCUUGCUCGCCUCUUUUGCGCCAGUUAAAGGGUUCUCGCCGGUCUUAUCGUUGCCGGUUGUGCGCUUUGGUUCUGCUUUUCAGGGGGCAGCUUUGCUUUCUUCGCGCGAUCGUGUCGGUAGUGUGUGUCGAGGUUUGAACGCAUGCAGUCGGUGUGCCGCGAACGCCGAUUAGAACGUUUUGGUAAAUACAUACAUUUCGUGCCAACGAAGUAGCAAGAGCAUUCGUGUUGCACUCAAAGGAUCACACUUGUGUUGAGUGACAGUGUUUAAGGUGUUUUAGAAAAAAGAAAUUAAAAACGAAGUGGAUUUGAGUUAUGGCAAAUAAAAUGAGUGCCCCUAAGAUAAGAGUUGUCUUGUGUUGACAUUAAGCGAAAGCGUGAAAUCAUUUUGCCGUGCAGUGAUAACGGAAAUACUAAGAAACGGUGGUACGAGCAGAAUGUGCCUGGAAUAAAGUACCCAAAAUUGAAUGAAAAGUGGAAAAUAAUUUUUUUAUGAAAAUUAAAAAAAUAAAAAAAAUAUAUUUUUAUAUCUGAAAAGAAGAAAAUAUUUAUAUAAAAGCAUUUGAAUCAAAAAUACUGUGAAAUACUGUGCGAAUAUAUUCAAUAAUGUGCUUGUGCUGAAAAAUAAAAUUAAAUAAAUUACAUCAGAAUUACAUAAAUAGAUAAAUAUAUGGUUGUGCUGAAAUGGGAAAAUGACUGCAUUUUAAAUGCAAUGCUCAAUACAAAAUGAAACAUUAAAAAUGAAGUGAAACUCGUGAUUUAUAGACACCCAAACAACUACAAAUGUGAACAGCUCAACCAAUCACAAAAACGCUUAUUAAAUCAAAAGGAAGAAAAGUAAGCACAAAAUAGAAAUAACAACAAAAUGUACGCUGAUAAACAUUUAGAGAAGCCCACAGCGUUGAGUGCAGGCACGCCCACGGCGCUGUUACCCACGCCCAUAGCGGAGAUGCAUGCGCAUGCGCAUACACACGCGCUAGCGCAUCCACAUCUGCACACGUUGCAUGCGCAACACAUGCAACAUAUGCAAAUGCAACAACAUCUGCAGCAGCAGCAGCAACCACAGACGCAUGUUAGUCAGCAACAUGUUGCGCAACAUUUAGUGCAACAUCAGCAUCAGCAGACGCAGUCAACACUUGCUGUGUUGCAACAGCAACAGCAACAGCAACAGCAGCAACAACAACAGCAACACCAUCAGCAACAGCAUACGCACCAGCAACAGCAACAACAACAGCAGCAUGCACAUCACCAACAUGUUAGCAUACAGCAGCAACAACAACAGCAGCAGCAACAGACGCAAGCGCAACAACAACAACAGCAGUCCGCAAUGUUUACCAGAUUUGACGCCAACAAAUCGACAAAGGGCGCUUCGAAACUGCGUCGUGACCUAAUCAAUGCUGAAAUCGCCAAUUUGCGCGACCUUUUGCCGCUGCCGCAGUCGACGCGUCAGCGCUUAUCACAGCUACAGCUGAUGGCAUUGGUGUGUGUGUACGUGCGAAAAGCUAACUAUUUUCAACAAGUUUUUAAACGGCAUGACAUUUCGAUACAUCAUGCACCAACGCCAAAUAUAGGCUUCUCCAAGGCUCUCUCAGGUUUCCUCAUGAUGCUCACGCAAAAUGGCAAAUUGCUUUAUAUCUCCGAUAAUGCAGCCGAGUAUUUGGGGCAUUCAAUGGAAGAUCUGCUCAUUCACGGCGAUUCCGUUUACGAUAUCAUUGACAAGCAGGAUCACGCAACCAUACAAGCCGAACUGAAUCGCAAUGUGCCACCGCAACCGGGUCAUAGUCAGCACGCGAGCGCUGCCUCAGCAGCAGCCGCAGCAGCCGCGGCGAUCAACAGCUUGGAGGGUGAGCAUCGCAUGUUCUUGUGUCGCAUGAAUGUCAGUCGAAAUGCGCGACGGCAAAUGCGUUUCGGUGAUCAGAAGGUUGUGCUAGUUCAGGGUCAUUAUCUGUCAUAUCUGCCGCUGUGUAGCCGCAAUGAGCCGGUCUUUUUGGCCACAUGCACACCCAUUGCCAUGCCAGAGACGCGCGAGUGUGUGGUGCAAGGUGCCACCAAUGUGUUUACCACCAUACAUUCGAUGGAUAUGAAAAUUGCGCAUAUAGAUAAAAACGGCGAGUUUCAUUUGGGUUACAGCAAAAGUGAUAUACACGGUCUCUCCUGGUACAAUCUCUUACAUUCUGAGAAUUUACGUGAGGCCCAAAGUAAACAUAGGCUGAUAACUCAAUCUGAGCAGGAUCGCUCUUGUAUACUAUUGGUACGCAUGCAACGAAGACAAGGUGAUUUUAUUUGGGUGCAUGUGGUGUUGCAAGUACGUGAUAGUCAAGAUACAAACCAACAGCCGGUUAUUGUGUGUACGAACCAGGUGCUAAACGAACGUGAGGCUUCGGUAAUGCUCGCCAAUUCGUGGCUCUACCACUACUAUUCGGUGCAGUCGAAGAUACAGUUCGGACUCGCUUUCGAUGCGCCCACACGUGUGCCACCGACAACACCGGCCGCAGCUGCCGCGGCGGCCGUCUACUACCAUCAUCACGCACAUCACGCCGCGCAUCCGCAUUUGCAUCAUCAUCACGCGGGCGCCGGCAGCACCACGGCCACGCUACCCGCCACCGCAACGGCGGGCUAUGCAGCCGCUUUGCAUCCACAUCAAACGCAUACACAUCUGCAUCACACGCAACACCAACACCAACACCUGCAUCCACAUACACAUACCCAUGCGCAUCAUCAAUAUCAUCACAUGACGACGGCAUCGUAUGGCGCAUAUCACACGCCCACCGGUGCGACAAGCGGCGGCAGCAUGAGCGUGGGGAGCGGCAGUUGUGGCAGCGCGGAAAGUUCGCCAGCGCCGCACUUGAGUGGUCAGCAAGGCCAACAGUUGCAACAUCAUUUACAAACGAAUGGUGCGAUGGCGAUGACGGGACACGGGGGUAUUAUCAAUGGCGCACCCGUCGGUCAGUAUUUAUGUCACCACCGCGUUGGAGCAGAACCAGUCGACUAUAGUCAAGUGCCCGAUGGCGUCGGCGCUCCACCGAUUGGGUUGAAUGGUGCGCGUUCACCAUCGAACGGUCAAGUGGAUGGACAAAUGCGUUGCAGCAGCACGAACAGUUCCGUCUCCAGUCAUAAUGCGGCGACACCACAUUAUGUAACGCACAAAAACAAUACCAGCGGCAAUAAUAAACACAACAACAGCAGUAGCGGAAAUCACAACAACUCCAACAAUAAUCACAACAGCACGCAUAAUCAUAACCUCAACAAUGCUGUCAAUAUCAAUGCAAACGGCAAUGCGAGUUCCACGCAGCAUCCGCGUCUCAGCUCGCCACCCCCCAAGCGUCGUGCGAUUGGUAAACUGGAACCUCUCUAUCUGCCAGAUGACGCCAACGAUGACACACCAACAACGAUCACCGAAAUCGAUACGCACUAUCAUCUGCACUCGCACCCGCACCCGCAUUCGCUUAUCGGCGCACCAGCCGAGUCACAUGCUUCGGUUAUAUUCGCCACCGUUGUGCCCACACGUCCACGUCUCAUACAGAAAUCACUACCCAACGAACCGCCUGACUUUAUCGAUCAGUGGAAUCCCAGUCCACCUUGGUCAGAAUCUGCACAGAAACUCUCGCUCGAUAGUUCAUCCUCCACGCAGCAGGAGCUAAGUCCUUGUAUUACAACCACACCACCUACACCAACAAGUGCGCCACCUAAUGGCUCAGUUGGUUCGAAUUACGGCAGUUUGCAAACACUAGGUCCAGCUUUCUCGUUCGAAUGGAUGUCUGAUCCGCUAGUGCCAGUUACAGAUCCAUAUGUCUCUUGCAUUACACCACCUGAUGGUGUGCCAAUCGUAGUCGCUCAUCAUCCGCAUACAACAGCGUCGGCGCAGCAUUCUUUACAUUGGCCAGCGAGCACUACGCCGUCGGAACAUCAUCAGCAUUUGAGUCAACACUUAGCUUCGCACGGUCAUCGAUUGCUCACUCUAUCUGGUGCGAGUGCUGUGGAUCCAAUGCAGCAGUCGUCUAAUUUGACGAGCGGGGAUGCGAGAAAUGCGCGUACGAAAUCCCCUGAAGUUAUCGAGCGCAAAGAAUCACCACGCAAAUAAACUGGGGCAACAGAGUUUAAUGAACUCUAACUGAGUACUAACCUAAAAAUAACCGCUCGCCAUCUAAUGAAGCAGUUAAGUGCAAUAAAAGUGUGCAAACAAAACAGCAUUAAGCUUUAUAAACAUAAAUAUGUAUUUGUCAAAAAUAAAAUUUAUAGCUGCUCAUAAACAAUAAUUGCUGAACUGUCAUAAUUUUUAGAAAAUGUCAAUAACAUUUUUGACAAAUGACAGCAAUUUCUUCGCAAAUAUAUUGAAUGCAACAGAAAACUUAGAAAUCAGAGAUGCAAAAGUAUAUAAAAGUGUCGGCAACAACAAUAACUGUUCAUAUUAUUAACAAUGCAGAAAUAAAAAUAAUAAUUAAAUAAGCAAAAGCUAAUGAAUUGGAGAAUUGUGACACAUCAAACAACAAAAACAAAUGCAAAUAAAUAUAUUUAUUAUUCAGUUUUUGUUGGUUAUAUAGUGUUUUUGUAGUAGCUGUAAAUAAGUAGCUUAUAUGUAAAGAUUUAAAAAUAUAUAUGUAUAUAUAAGUAUAAUGUGCCUUUAUGUGUCUGUAUGUAUGCAUGUGUGUAUAACGGGUAUAAUGAAAGUGCAAAUAAAUUUUUAUUGCCAAUUAUUUUGUUAUAAUUGGCAUUAGCGACGUCAAGCGCGGGUGUUAAAGUGAAUGUCUGUUUGAAAUUAACGCACACAUAUAUAUAUAUAUAUAUAUAUAUUAGUGAAUGUGUGUAUGUCUAUUAGCGUAUUUAAAAUUAGCAAACACGUCAAAAAUUAUUGAAAACUGUUGCGAUGUGCGAAAUUUGACGUAAAACGUUGUAUAUAUACACACAUAUAUGUAUGUAUUUCCAAGUGCUCAAGCACUUGCUAUAAUAGCCGUCUAAUUUAUUUUAAGCUUUUCUACAACAAUUUUUUACUAUUUUAACCACUAUCUUUACUACCACACUAAUAUGUGUACAACGUAUUUUUUGCAAUUUAAAUUAAGCUUAGAUAAAAAUUUUAAAUUCGAAAAUUAGUGCAAUUUUUACUGUUUUUUAUAUAUACAGUUAUUAGUUAGUUGAUAAGCAGCGGCAGCAACAUUGUAAAGACAAUAAACUUGCAAGUAAAAUUUAGUUUUAAGUGACAAUAUAGCGGUUUAAAUGUGAAAAUAUUUUUAUGUUUCAUUUUUUUUUAUUUGUUGUAAGUAACUGUAUUUAUUAUAUUAUACAUACAUAUAGUAUAUAAACAUAUACAUAUACAUAUAAGUCAAAACAUUGUAAGAAUCCAAUAAGUAAAUUAUUUAUAUCUACAAAGUAGCAAACAGUUGCAAAUUAUACAGUAAUAACGGU